AUGUCGCUGCCGACGGAGCCCCAGUCCUGGACCCUGGGCCUGUCCGCGGACAAAGCCCUUGCAGCGCUGCACAACUUCACCACCAAGGCCACGCGCAUCCUGGAGCAGCGCCGGGGCGCCAGGGAAUCCUACCGUGAGCUCCUCGCGAAAUCCAUCAUGAAGCUGCGGGUGUCCGGAGCCGUGCCGUUUGAUGACGCGGGCCGGGUCGAGAGGACGAUGCAAGCAGUGAGUGCCUGCGCGAUGGCCUCCCACGACCCGCCGAGGGUGGACAUGCGCACCGCGGUCGCCCGUGCCCAGGAGCUCCUCGAGGCCCACCAGCAGCGGAGCGGCCGCCGCGCCGGCGCGCGCGGGCGCCGCAGCCGCAGCCGCAGCCGAGGCGCCGGUCGCGACGCCCCCGAGCACGCCCGCCGCUCCAAGGACAAGGAGCCGGAGGCUGGCGGCGCUCGCGGCCGCGGACGGAGCCGCCGCCGUGCCCCGAGCCCCAGGUCUCCGAUCCCUUCCAGGCCAGCCGGCAGCCCGUCGCCGAAUGCCACGCCGGUCCCCCGCCGCGGGCGGUCGAGGACGCCUCCCACCGAGAUCGCCGAAGAGGGCCCGCCAGAGCCCCUCGACCCCCCCAAGGAGCCGCCGGCGCAGGGGGCGCCGGCCCCGACCCCGACGGCAGUUGCGCCAGAUCACCCCAUCGCCGCAGCCGGCACUACCACCGCGCCCGGGACGCCGCAGCGGCAGAACGAGCAGUCGGCGUUCCUCUCGCAGCUGGCCGCAGUCUCCCCGCGCACGCAGAGCCGCAUGAUUGAGGCCGCGAUGGGGGCCGCCCGGCCUGCGUGCAGCGCCGCGGCGGGGCCGGCGGCGGCGACCCCGCCGCCCGCCACCAGCGGCGCAGCCGGGGGCUUGCUCACGGUCGAAGGGGGCUCCAACGCGGACGUAGGCGGCAUCGUCGGCGGCUCCUACACCAUGCUCUCCCAGAACCACGGAAUGCCGACGUACUCCAAGGACGUGCAAACCCAUGACCUCGACGUGCUGCUGUACUUUUGGGAUGAGCGUGACGGGGAGCAGUUCUGCGUCUUGCGGUUUGGGCACCAGCUGGGAGGAGACCACGCGUGGGCACACUGCCCAGGGCGGGCCCCCACGCCGCCUCAGACAGGAUGGAGGGCCCCGUGCGACGGGCCCAUUGACCCAACCUUCGUGGUGACCACCCAGCCGCAAGGACCUUCGCUGGAGGCUCCACCCCGCGCGCAGCCAUCCUACUCCGCGGAGGCCGUGAGUGAGGGCCGCAGCGCGACGACGCCAGCCAGCAGUCCGAUGGCCUCAUGCGAUGGCCCCGCGGGGCCUGGGGCCGCGCAGCCCAGCCAGCCGCAUGCACUUGCAGGCCCCCGCCAGUCCAGGCCCCUCCCGACAGCGGGAGUCCCAGACCUGUCGACAGCAGACCACCCCACGAAGCGAUGGGACGCCCACCGCGCGCUCCACCCCCCCGACGACCCGGCAGCCAUCCUGGUCGAGCAGUCGAGCCCGAACUGGCAGCCGAUGGCCGCGAACCACGUCGUCGAGUUCUCCUUCGCCCCGGGCGGGAGCCUGGACCGCGACGCCCAACUCUGGGACUUCUACCGCACCCUGGCGUACGCGGGGAUCUAUGUUCACGAAGUGUACGCUGGGGCCCAGUGGGAGGCGCGCACCAACGCGUGGGGCGGGGCCGGCACGAUCUACGUGCCCGCUGUCCGAACGAGCCACGGGGUCACCAUCAACUGGUGGCAGUCCCGUGAUGGCCACCUCCGCUGCGACGGGAAAACACCCCUGGUGGAGCACCUGCGGCCGCAGCUCCGCAGGGCGUUCCCCGCGUGGACCCCCGGGGCGACGGCCCACGGGCGGACCACAGGAAGGCAGGCAAACAGAGCGAUGGUCCAACAGGGGCGGCCCAACCAGGAAGACGUGCAGCGCGGGGCGCGCCAGCAGCGCCUGGCCGGCAAAGUCCGCUCGGAUGCCGCCGACCGUCAGGGUGCGUGGCCAGGGGUCUGGGACCUGCUGGACGAGCACAUCGGUGUCCGGAAUGCGAUCGAGGACGCGGAGCGGCCCCUCCAGACAAGGGCGGGAGCGACGUGGCAGGAUGAGGCCGAGCACGCCCGCGCAGAGCCGGCCAUGGAGGCCGCCGACCCCGGGGGGGCAGCGCCGACAGAGGACCGGGAAGCAGCCACCGCUCACCAGCGGCUGGGUGAGGAACUGGCCCGUGCAGAGGCCGCCGCGUACACGGGCGCCCUCGAGGGGCUCCCGACACUGGCGCGGCCGUGGUCGCCGGACGCCCACGGGCGCGACGUCGAGUGCUGGGCAACGGGCGUGGCGGCCGACGUCGACCGCCUGCUUGAAGAGAAGCCCCGGACGUGCUCUACCCCACUGAUCGGCCUGCUCCCAGGCCCACACGGCGCGGCAGAGGCGCUGACCGCGGCAUUACACGCAUCCGCCACCGCCGCAGGCCAGCUGGCCGAGGGCCGCCGCGGCCAACGGAGCCAGGGCCCGAGCGCCACCCUCGGGUCAAGCGCUUACGCAGGCCCCCUGCGCAUGGUGCCGCACGCCGCAGACCCAGCAGCAACACAGGCGGCGAGUGGCUGGACUCUUGGCGGGGUUAGCGCUGGCCUGUCUGGCGGCGCAAACCUACAGGGCACGGGCAUCCUCACCCAUCGGUGGAGGGACAAGGGCACCCUCAUGACGGCGCUCGACGUUGAGUUCUUUCUCAGCACCGCGUGCCGCCUCCUGCCUGGCAUCGACUUAAGCCGCCACGUCCCCGACUUCCCUUUCGAAGCGAUGGGCCCCGCCACCGCGAAAUACGGGGCGGUCGUGGGAUUCCGGCAUCACGAGGCACGUGCGCCGAUUGAAUGGCUGAGCGGAGCGACAGAUACUGACCGCAUCCAGUGGUAUGUAGCUGAUGGGGAGGUGCUCAUCGGGGGGUUCGCCAUCCCGCCGAAGGGGCCCGAGGCGCCAGAAGAAUCCCGCCGCGAGCUCGUGGACGCGCUGUUCUCGCAGUACGACAGGAUCCGGCGCAGCCGCCCUGAACUGUCACUCGCGGUGGCAUACGGUGACCUCAACCCCAGCCCCUCCCUGGAGAAGCAUUACCGUCGUCACCUCACCGCCCGGGGGCUGGGGGACCUCGUCCCAGACACCGUCGCCACGCAUGUCCGCGGGCGCCGCCUGGACGUCGCGUGGACCACGGACCCCGUCCGCGUCACCGCGGUGGUGCACAACGGGGAGGAGUGCCGCGCAUCGGGCUGCACGAGGCAACACUGUGGGAAGCACGUCGAGCUCUUCGGGUGCCACGACCUGGACCACUACCCCGUCGUCCUGACAGGCCUUCAGACGCGUGCCCCCGCAGGCGAGACGAGUAGGAGCGGCCGCGCUGCCCGCUGCGCAUUCAGCAAAGAGCCGGGCGAUUGGUCAGUCGCCCUGAGGGACCUGGAGCCGUUCCAGGAGCUCGCCGCCGAGGAGCUCCGCCGAUGGUCUCAACACGGGGGCACGUGGCGGACUGCCCCGGACGACGCGCCCCUGGCAUCUGCGGAGCUUGCGUCAUGGCUUUGGCGUGCUUCUUGCUACCUGGGCGCGGUGACGGGCGGCCUCCUGUGGGUCGUGCGCGCGCCCCCCCUCCAGCUCGCGCCACCGAGCAGCGCCCCCCUCGCGGCGGACGCCAUCCAGGCGACGCGGCGGCGGCAGGCCGAGCGAGCCAACUCCCUGGCCCGCACUCGCGCGGCACGGUACAUCCAGCUCGCCGAGCAGGACCCCACGGCAGCGGAGCAGUACCUCACGAAGCUCUCCGGACAGCACGGCCUGGGCCUCCCGCAGAUCAUGGAGGACAGCAGCGUGCCAGGCGCCUUCAGGAGAGGCGACGACGUCCUGGCAGGUGCGGCGCAGUACAUUCGUCAGAGAGGGCGCGGUCGGGAGGCAGACUUCACGCCCCGCCAAAAGGACCACCUCAGGCGUGAGGAGCGCCGCUCCCGAGAUCUCCUUGCCUCUCUACGCCAGCAGUGGCGGCAGGAGUGGGCGCGGGACCACCGCCCUUACACUGAAGAAGACCUCCGAGACGCCUGCGAUCGGAUCAAGGUCGGAAAGGCCAGCGCAGGACUGCCUUACGCCUGCCUCAAAGAGAUGCCCCAGGGACAGGGGGGGCUCCUCUUGUGCGUACAAAACUUCGCCCGGUUUCUUAUGGUGAUCCCUGGCCGGUGGAAAGACCAGCCGACUUUUCACAAGCGGAAACAUGGGAAGCCACAACAGCAGUACCCGAGCUACCGCACCCUCUCCACGAACACCGUGGAACUCAGAGUGACCGAGGAACUGUGGGCGCUGCACCACGAGCACGCACUCUGGCUUUCCGCGGGGGACUGCCAACUGGGCAGGGGAGAAUCUCUCAUCGCAGUCCUGCUCGGCGUCGAGACGCGGCUCAUACGCGCAGACCUGGGCCUGCCCAUCGCCGAGGCCUUCACAGACCUUGCGGAGGCGUUUGACACGAUACACGCCCCAGCGGUUAUCCUGGGCAUUAGCGAAGGAGCGGGCCUCACCGGAGAGGACCUCGUGCUGGCCGCGCAGAUGCUCCACGGCUCCCAGGUCCGCGUCGUCUCGGGCGAGGCGCAGGCUGCACCAGUCGCCCUUACGGACGGAAUGCCCGAAGGCCGGCGCCUCGCCCCAGCCUUCUUCGUCGCGGCGGCCAGGGCCUUCAGGGCGGCCGCUGGCCCCGACUGCGGCGGCGUCGGGUGCCGCCAGGGCAACCAGACCUGGGAGGCCGCCAUGCGCGCAGCCCCAUCCCACGCGGACCAGCGCGCCCUCCUGGACGCCGCCUCCACCCUGCGGGUCGGCCUCACGCAGUUUAUGGACGACAACGUGCACAGGGCCAGCUCCAGGGGCGGCCUCGACCUCGAGAUCUGCAUCCAGCGCAUCACAGAGGCAGCCCAGUCGGUCCGAGGUGAGCUCCGCGUCGGGCCCGGGAAGACGGAGUGCAUCAGUAACGGGAUCGCGGACGUCCGACCGAUCCGCGGCAUCGCGUUUGCCACGCAGCACACGUCCCUGGGCAUCCCAGUCGAGGCUGACGCCCGCAUGAUAGGCCUCCUCAGGCAGGUCGAAAACCGGGCGCAGGGAGGCUGGGCCAGCACGCCCACGGCCAUCGAGCACCUCGGCUUGCCCACCGCUGCCGCGCUGGCCGCCCUGCGCACGCGGACCACCCCGCGAGCAUUCCACGGGGCGGCCCUGCUCAUCGCGCGUGGCGAUUGGGAGCGCCGUGUUGACGCCAUCCCGGACCGUUGGAUUUCACGGCUGCUUGACCUCUCUCAGCCGGUGCCGCGCAUCGCCCUCCUCCGCGAAGGCGGGCUCGCAUGGCGGCUGAGCACCAGCACCCUCCGCCGCGCCUUCGGCCUCCACGCCCGCGCGCAGGCGCCCCCGCAGGCGGCGCACCCGGCCCGCGUCCUGCGAGCGGCCCGCGAGUGCCAGGGCACGUGGACGGCGGCGCUCGAGCACUACGCGAGCGACCUGGCCGCCCCUCUCUUCGCCGAGUGGGCGCGUGGCGCCCUCGCCCAGGACACCCGCGCCCUGAGCGGCCCAGCGAGGAGGCGGGCGACCCGCCGCUACCUCCGUGAGGCCGUCGACCCGGGGCUGCAGGCGCGCGAGGACGAAUGGCUCGCGGGCCAGCGCGCGCUCUACCCAGCCCGGGGCGUGCGCAGCUUGCCGGAGGUCAGCGACCUGGCCCUGGUCUGCCAUGCCGUCCGUCCCUGGGCGCAGCUGCGGCUACAAGGCCGCUUCACGUCCCACGGUGGCAUGGCGGCGCCCUGCCGGUGGCGCGGCGCCGUGGCCCCGGUGGACGGCAGCCACCUCGGGGAGUGCCCCCAGGCUGCCCGCGCCGCUCGGGACGCAGCCGCGGGCACCCCAUGGGAGGGGGACAGCGCGGCUGAGCUGUGGCGCCGGUGCCGCGAGGACGCGGACGUCCUCACGGCAAUCACAGUAGCCGGGCGCCUCGCGGCCC